AUGGCCAAACCGAAGAAGCAAGGGCAGCCGUUCUGGCUCGGAGGCGCUGCUGCAGCAAUGGCAGCAUGUUUCACUCAUCCGUUGGAUCAGACAAAAUACAGGAUGCAAGUUAUGUCCACAAGGCAAAACAUGCUGCGGACGAUGAUGCAAUUCGCAAGCAGAGAUGGCAUUCGGUCGCUAUGGUGGGGAAUCUCAGCUUCGAUGCUUCGCCAAUCCACGUAUUCGACUGCGAGGUUCGGUCUUUAUAAUUAUUUUGCGGGUAUAGCUAGAGAACGAACCGGUCAAAGACGGUUACCCAGCUCGUGGGAGAUCGGCUGCGCGGGAGCUGCGGGCGGCCUGGCCGGACUCAUAGGAAAUCCCACAGAGGUUGCUCUGGUGAGAAUGUGUGCCGACGGGGCAAGGUCGCCAAGUCAGCGAUUUGGGUAUAACCACGCCUUUGACGCCGUUAUCAGAAUCGGUCGUGAAGAAGGUGUUCGGACUUUUAGCAGAGGUCUAGGCCCUAAUAUCGUCCGCAGUGUGAUAAUGAAUGUUUCUCAAAUAGCAACGUAUUCCGCAGCCAAGCGGCAGCUCCUUUCGAACCCUUCUUUAGGCCUUGGAGAUGGGAUUUUCACGCAUUUCCUGGCCUCGCUGCUCGCGGGCACGGUCGCGACAACUGCUUGCGCACCUGCCGAUGUUUUGAAGAGCCGGGUUCAGAAUGCAGUUGCCAUCGACGGGAGUGUAAGGAAGCUCAUUGUGGAAUCUCUGCGCAACGAGGGACCAGGAUUUCUUAUGAGGGGCUGGACUCCUGCUUGGCUGAGACUGGCGCCGAAUACGGUCCUCACUUUCAUCUUCAUCGAGCAGCUGCAGAAACUGGUGAAUCUUUCAAGAGAUAUGAAGUCGCCCGAACCAGUGCCCGAACCAGUGCCCGCUAUAGUGCCCACUCCUGCAGCUCCUCAGUAG